CGAUGCGCGGCCAGGGUAACUUACGCCCCUCCUAUGCUCCUCUCCCCCCUUCAUCCACUCCAACAACGCCCCGUCCGCUUGCUCUACUCUCUAGGCAGAUCCGACUGCAUCUACUUCUUACCAUUACUGGGCUCUACAGUACCGGUCUGCUGAGCCGCAUAUGUGCAGGUGCAGUCCUUCCGUCGUGGGCAGGCCCCAUUCGCACACAUGGCAAAGGUCGCCUCCAAUCUUCUCCACGGAUACAAGCGACUGGCAAGUCUUUCAAAGGUUCCAGUUCACUCACUACCGUACCAUUCGCCUCCUGUGCCACGAAAAUAGUAGCUACCUACCCAAUUCAGAAGAUCAUGAUUGAGUGAUAGAGUUUGUCCCGAAGUAGCAAUAGUGAAUAAUAAUCCACCAUCAUCAUACGAUUCAAG